AAAUGACCCUUCAAUUUUGUGGACUCUCUUCUCUAAUUAUAUUCAUUUCUUGACCUACUUAACUUCACAAACAUAAUGUACUAUUACCAUAAUUUUCUUCUCAAUUUUUCUUACAAGUUUUCCCAUUUUUUUCCUGUGUAAUUUCAACUGUAUUUCAUUGUUUUUGUGUGGAUUUUGGGGGAGAGUGAAUCAGAAAAAUGAUGAUAAAUUUUCAAGGUUUUUCAAAGCAGAAAUCUCCUCAGGUAAGGCUGGUGGAGAGUUUUGAUUUUUGUACUUGUGAAGGGUAACGAAACAAUUUUCACCCGAAUUUGUGAAAUUAGCCGUAUAUGCUUUCUGAAUAGAGAUAAAAUCAGUAGGUGAUUGAUUACUUUCAUCUGCCUAAGCCUUGGUGGUGAAGUUUUACACGGUUGCUGUGCUGGUGGGAAGUAGUACGUGUAUAUAUGGUGAAAUAGUCGAGGUUCUAUUUGAAAAUGCAUUAUUAGCGUCUGAUCCUGGCACCCUGGAGCAAUUAAAAGAGUUGAGCUCCAGAAGGAGGGCUAUCGAAUGCAUCAAUCAGAAUAGCUUUGUGACAGAGGCCAUUGCUAGAGAAAUGUCUGGGGGGUUGACGUCUCGAUGUGAACAGAAUAUACAGAAGGUAGAACAAUAUUUGCCACUUUUGGGGAACUUGAUACACCAUGUAGACCUAGUUGGUGACGACCCGAAGAUGGCUCGAUGGAUUUCUGACCUAAAGAUUAGGUGGAGCAGCUCUCUCGCUCCAUCCUCCUUUUUCCAUCUUAGCGGUCCAAAACUUUAUCAAAUGGAUAAUUUGCAUUUUGAACUUGGUAUGACACUUUCCGUUCUUGGUGCAUUGCUUCGAGAUCAAGCUUUGGAAGUUCUGUCAACAGAUCUAGUGCAAUCUGCCACCAUUCUCAGAAGAGCUGCGGGAAUUUACCAACAUCUAGCUCAGGUUGUCCUUCCGUGUUUGCAGCAUGAGUGGACACCAGAAAGGCCACCAGAAGCUCUGAUUAGUGUUUCUGCUGCAACCACCCUUGUUUGUUUAGCUGAGGCACAGGCUGUGACAGUGAAGAAGGCAGAGCAAAAAGGGAAUACCGGAGGACUUUUGGCAAAGCUGCACUAUGGCGUUUGUGAAUUUCUUAGUGAAGCUAUUCAUACCUUGAAUUCAGCCACCAAGCAGUACAAAGACAUUUCAUCUUUAACGGACUAUAUUACGACCUGUAAAAUGCUGCAUGAGUUACUCAGUUACAAGUAUCUAGCAGAGAGUCUAAAGACGGAGGGGCAAAUAGGCUUCGCUAUUGGAGUUCUUUGCCAUGUGAUACAAAGUUCAGAAAAACAUACACCAAGAGAAGAGUCAUGGAGACUAGUUUAUAAGCAAGUGAUUGAUGACUUGAAUGUGUUGCUCCGGAAGUAUGAACACGAGAACGAGUUUGUCUGGCAUGAGAAAAUUCCGAUGCAGGAUGAGUUGCCGGUGCCUCAAGGUGUUAAGAUUGUUAGUUUCAUACCUUAUCAACCACAAAGAUGGGAAAGAACACUUGUUUUCAAAAUGUAAAAAGUAAAUGUUCUUUGGUUGAGAGGGACUUCAAAGUCCAUUUGAGUGUGUUUUGAAUGGUGAAGUAUUAUUCUUAAAGCAUUUUUCUCUAGUGUGAAAGAUUUCCCAA